CGCUUUCCCUUUGCAGGGGGAAACAAUGAGAGGCGACUGUGCUCCGAUUCCGGCCAUUUGAAUGGGCUGAGCUGUAGGUUAGGAUCUGCGGCGUGUCUCUGUGGUUUGAUAACAAGACUUCUUAUAAUAAUAAUAAUAUUAUUAAUAAUAAUAACAAUAGUACAUUACAGCAUGGUCAGUGCCAUAUGAAGCUCUGGGUCUCAUCGGGGUGUGUUUGCAACAAAACCGUCCAAGUUCAACUUUUGUAAAGCGGACCUGUUUGGACUUGUUGGAAUCUGCAUGGACUAACAUGAAAAGCCUAAAAGCGAAGUUCAGGAAGACUGAUACCAACGAAUGGAGCAAAAAUGACGAGCGUCUCCUGAGCGCCGUGGAGCAUGGAGAGACGGAGAAGGUCACCUCGCUCCUUGCCAAGAAGGGAGCAAAUGCCACCAAAUUGGAUGGCGAGGGCAAGUCGGCUCUGCACAUUGCAGCGACUCGGGGUCAGGCCGAGUGUCUCGCCAUCAUCCUGGCCCACGGAGCUGAUGUGUCUGUAGCGGAUGCUUCAGGUUUUAGUGCUUUACACCUUGCUGCUAAAAACAACCACCAGGAAUGUGCCAAAAAGCUCAUACAGAGUAAAUGUGUUCUAGAUGCUCUGGACAGCGGUGGGAGGACUGCUCUUCAUCAUGCAGCGGCCAACGGAAACGUUGUGAUUGUCCAACUCCUGUGUGAACACAAGUGUCCUGUGAAUUUGAAAGAUAUGGACGGCUUCACACCCUUGCUGCUGUCAGCGAGACACGCCCACACAGAGGUCUGUGGCAUCCUGCUGGACUGGGGAGCCAACAUCAAUGCCUGUGACAGGAACGGCAGGAGUGCUGUCAUGCUGGCUAGCGAGAGCAGCUGCGUUCCAGCCGUGGAUCUGCUUGUGCACAGGGGAGCCGACCUACGCCUGCUGGACUCGCUAGGACACGACGUGCUGCACUACGCCAAGCUGUCGGGCAGCGCCGAGGUCCGAGCCGUCAUCACCGCUGCGCUGCAGUGCCACCCAGCCGAGUCAGCAGAUAUGAAUUCACCCAGAAGUCCGCAGCAUGAUCACACGGCUAAUCUAAACGAUGAGAGGAGCACAACCCCCAAAAAACGAAAAGCACCCCCUCCUCCUAUUAGCCCUAUGCAGUCGCUGGAUGUCAUGUCUCCGCCGUAUGUGACCCCGAAUGAAACGCCGGUGUCAAGUAAAGGUGACAAGAGGUUUAAUUACAAGGAGGAGGAGCUGAGGAGUGCGUCACUGUUGAGAGAGGAGAUCGAGAAGCUCCAGGAAGAGAAGAGCAUGCUGCUGGCGACCAUUGAAGAUCUGAAGCAGAUUAUGGAGCAGACUGAGCCCAAGACUGACCGCUGUGAAAAUUCAGCAUUGCUUGCAGCCCUUCAAGCCAAGGUGGCCUCACUCUCACUGGAGAACCAGCAGCUUGCCCAGAUCAUCAAGAAGCGUCCACCUCCUCAAGGUGAAGAAGGCCAGGAGGACUCCCGUCCAAACAGUAUCGAUUCCAACGCAUCAUACCACUCUACCCAUGCUGAAUUUGAGCUCUCCAGUGAGCAGGAGCUCUCUGAUGUCUCAGCUUUUAAGCAUGAAGAAGCGAGUAAGCCCAAGAAAGUGAUGUACGAGGAAGAAAUCACACUGCUUAGGGAUGCGCUGCAGAGCCUGCAAGUUGAACUGGAUGAGUCAAGGUUGGAGAACCGCUCCCUGCAGGCCAGAGUCGAGCUCAGCUCUCAUACAGGGGAAAUUGGAAAUGAAGGACCGUCAGAAAGCACUGCCGAGCUUAAGGCCAAGCUGGCAGACAUGCAGAAAAAGUACCAGGAUGUGGUGUUGGAGCUGGGAACCCUCCAGGUGGAGAGGGCAAGAGUGGUACCUACAGGAUCUCACAACCAAGAUGAUCAAGUACUACAAAAGUUUCAGUUUUUGAAAGGCUGUCUUGAGCAAGAGGUUAAAGAUCUGAAGACAAAGCUGGCCAAGGUGCAGGAAGAGAAGAUGCACGACGCUCAGUUGAUAAAAGAACUGGAGGCUCGUCUCGAGAGUGCGAGUCAUCGGGUUAUAGAGGACGAGUGUCGAGAACUGAAAAACUACAGCAUCCUGGUGGAGAACAUCAACCAGGAGAAGGCUCUGUUGAUCGAGAAGUACGAGGAGGCUCAAGACGAGAUCAAGAUGCUUCAGGAAGCCCUGCGUGGCACCGUGUCCGUCGAGGCUGCCGCUAAAGACUUCGAUGAGAUGAAGGCCGAGAUGGGCGCGGUUAUUGAAGGACUCCAGAAGCGGCUGUUGGAGCUCUCGAAAUCCUACAGCGAGGCGAAAAACGAACUUGCCGAAGCCCGGAGCCUGCUCCAGGCCAAAGCCUUGGAGACCAAACAGCUCUCACAGGCAGUGUGUUUGACUAAAGAGCAGCACGAGGAAAACUUGCAAGAGCUGACACUUAAGAUGAAGGAUUUGCAGAAUUCCUCAAAGGACACUGAAGUCAAGUAUCAGUCAGCACUGAAAGAGAUUUCGCAACUCAAGCAGGAUGCGGAAAUUCAGGCCAAGUCCUCAGUGAGCAUUGCGGACCACACUCAGGUUAUGGCCUCAUUAGGAAACGCGAUCAAGAGCUUAGAAUCCGACGUGGACGUCCUUAAGCAACAGCUCACGCAGAAGACCUCGCAGCUGGAAGCCUUACAAAACAGACCUACUGUGGAGAAGGACACGACUUCAAAUGAUUGCGUUUCCAAAAUGGAACAUGAGCAGAUGAGAGAGUCCCUGCAGCGUGAGAUCAAUCACCUCACCCAGCUUCUUCAGGAUGCUCUGAGGAAGCAGGAUGAGAUGGCACUACAGGUGACUGCUGCCUGGCAGGAGGUGAAGGAUGGCAAGAGUGAGAAGGAUGCUGCGCAGAAGACUGCUGUAGCGAGAGAGCAGGAGAAUAACGCGCUGAGCGGGAAGUGCAGAGAGGCCCAGGAAGCCAUCACGCAGCUUAAAAAGCAGGUGGAAAACCAUGUGAACUCUGAAAGAGAGAAGAAUAAAAAGAUCGACGAUCUGUCAAAAGAGGUGGGGAAGUUGAAGGAGGCCCUGAACAGCUUGUCCCAGCUCUCGUACACAACAAGCAGCCCGAAAAGCAGACAGCAGAGCCAGCAGGUCGAUUCUCUCCAACAGCAGAUCAAGCAGCUUCAGUACCAACUGACUGAGUCUAAAAAGAGGCACCAUGAAAUUGUUUCCGUGUACAGAAUGCACCUCCUGUAUGCUGUUCAGGGUCAGAUGGAUGAAGAUGUACAAAAGGCCCUGAAACAAAUUCUGGUUAUGUGUAAAGUACCAUCGGAAGACAAAUAACAGCGCUGAUGCGUUCCUCCAGAGCCUGCCUAAAUAACAGUGGUAUAAGGAAACUUGCACUUGUAUUGAGAAUUUGUCUGGAUUAAAAGGAAUUGUUCUUUUGUUUUAGCAAGCACUUGGUUACGAAGGCAUCAGACAAUCAAUUAAAGAAUGAAGCAUUGAUAUGACGCUUAUGAGUACAUAGUAUACAUGUUCUGUUGUAAUUGGAAUUAUUUCUGUGUGCUUUAAUACAUUUUGAAUCAGAAACUUUCAGCACAGUGCAAGUUUUGUUACUUGCUCCUGCAUAUUUGUGUUGUUUACGUUACGUUUGAAAUACAACAGAGAACUGAAAUGUAGGUGAAAUGCUACACCGUGAAAAGGGCGGAGCUUAAGUUACAUUUAAUCAGCUAGUGAUAUCACCAUUUUUCGAUUUCAGUCACGUAGCUUAACGUUCACAUAAAUUACCGUUUGUUUACACAAGAUAAUAGGAUAGCAACAUUAGCAAAGCUAGCCUGCUACCACAGUGUAGCACAACGCUGCCAGCCUUCCAGUUAUCUAACAUACUUGCAGGCUGACUGACUAAUAAACAGUCGCAAUUGUUUAUUUAAAAUAAGUAGCAACAUUUGUUUGUUAGCUAAACUGUUGUGGUGAUGUCACUCGAUCAAGUUUGUGAUUGGCUGAUUUACAUUUUAUGUAAGCUCCACCCUUUUUUUUUUUUGGUCACCUGGCAAAAUCAGCAUGAGCGAAUUCUAGAAAAUUAUACUUAGCCCAGUGGCAUUCCUUCCUUUAUUUGAUAUAAUGCAAAUUUGCCCAUAAUGAAGUCAUGAAUUGUUAUUUAUUAGUUAGAAAAGUGUGUAAAAGGCCUGAUAAAUUUCUAAAGCGUGACUGAUAGACUUCUCAUGAAUCAAAACUGUGAAGUCUGUGUGUGACGGUGUCAUUGUAGUUUUCCCCCCCAUUAUCUGUACAGAGCUAGUGUUAGAGCUAGCAUGUCAGCAGUGCCAUCAGGUGCAGAGUAAAGAAAAAGUGACUUGAUAGUGAGACAACAACAAUACAGCUACGUGUCAUCUCUCAUAACCACGGUAGAAAUCUUCAUAAAAGUUACAUGGAUUGUUCCUGAAACAUGAAAACACUUAAUCUGCUUGCUAGUUGCUGUUAGCUACCAAAAUGGAGUGGGAACGCUAACAUUAACUUGCUAGUCAACAUGCAGCACUGUUUGAUUCCAUAACAUUAAGAGUCCACUUCCUGUUAUUGUGAAACAAUGGAACUUCUGCACAUUUAUUCAGUCUGCAUGUUCUUGACCAUGAGUUGUUGGUCUGGACAAAUCAAAGCUAAUAUUUUAUCCAUCCAACAUCAGCUCUCCAAAUUACUUGGUACUCAUCGGACAUUAGCAGAACCUACUUAGCUGUUCAGACAUAUUCAUGUUACCUAGCUACUAACAAUAGCUAUAUAACUAACAAGAACUGACAACAGCUAUAUGACUAAUAUGAGCUAACCUGACAGGUUCUUAGGAGGAUUUUUAAAUCAUAUAUAAAUGAUCAUAAUCUUCAUUGCUAGUGCUAGACAGCUAGCUAAUUUGACAGGAUUUCUGACAAGGUAUUUAAGUCUACAUUUUCAUGAUCUUCACGUCUAUAAAUAGCUAUUUAACUAACUUCAGCUAACCUGACAGGAUUUUUAAGAUUUGUAAGGAUCUUCACUUCUAGCGCUAGCCUGCUAGCUUGCUAGCUAGCAAGCUAAUAUUUCAGGAUUUCCGACAGGAUAUUUAAGUCCUAUUCAUAAAUGUUCAUGAUCUUCACUGCUAACAAUAGUUACGUAUAUAUCUAACAUCAGCUAACCUGACAGGAUUUUAAAAUAAUAUCUGUAUAAAUGUCCAUAACCUUCACUGCUGAUGGUUGGCGUGACUAAUAUUGGAUAACGUGACCAAUAUUAAAAAAACAAACAAACUUUGAGUGCAAACAAAUCUACACUACAAUAUCAAAAUACAUUAUACAGUAUGGAUUCAAAGGCAUGCUCACUGAUAUGAUCUGUCAUAGUUAGUUAAUGUUAGCUAAGCCUGUACGCUGCCUCUAGCAUUGGCGAUAUUGGUUCAUUGUAAGUCAAAUUUUUGUGGCAAAUGAACUUUAUGCCAGAGUGCUGAUGUAUUUGUUAGAUAACAAUAAUAUCUCCUUCUCUCACUUUAUUUUUGGCUGAGUGCAAACUAAAGUCGAAUAAACUGGCUGUGUGUAAUUUUUUCGAUUCCCAGUGGCAUAAAUUGAAGAAUUUAAGAUGCGACAGUAUUCUGGGUUGAUGACCUGCUAGCUAAAUAGAUAGGAAUUGGCUAGCUAGAUAAGUUUAGACUGUUGUCUAGUAAACCUCACAAUAUACUAAAGAGUUAGUGAUCAUCGUACAUAUUCAGUAUCCUAUUCUGCAGUUUAGCUAGCUAACUAACAAGCUGACGAUUGUGCUACAGUAUGUGGUUUACUCGCAGCAGACUGUGAUGAAGGAGGGAUGUGGAAAUGCUCUGUACAGGAAAAUAGAUUUAUAUGAUGCUAGCGGAUGUAUUUGACAGAACGUUGCUUAGGGCUGCGAGAGGCUUUAGUACCCGUGAAGCUUUGAGAGAAAUGCCCAUGGAACAGAUGCACUUUCCAGACGCAGCAGUUUCUUUCUCCAAUCCUGUUUUCAAUGCCAGCUGGAGUCCCUGCUGUAACCAGGACAUAAAAAGAUUGUGGCCGUGUGCCUAUGCUAAUUCGUAAGGCCUGUUAGGAAGUGCUGUUUGUCCUGUCACACUUAUUUAAACCAGACUUAACAGUGGCUGCGUGUCGCUGCAGUAUUUUGAAGUACACACUAGCUGCAUGUCAAGCACUUGGUGUAGACGAUUUUUUUUUUUCAGUAUUAGGUUUUAAUGUUGUAAAUAUUUACAAUGUAAAGUGCACCACAGGGUUCAUAAUGAUGGUAGGACAAGUGCUUUUUGAAUAUACAGCACACUGAUGCUCUUAUUAAAAAAAAAAUAGGGAGGGGGGUGUUUAAAGUCCUCACAGCUCCCAGUGAUCAGAAGGUUGUAAGUUCAAAUUCAGGACUGGUACUGACCCACUAUCAAGCCCUUAAGAAGGACCCUACACUGUCAAUAUUAAGGCAAUAUGACCAGCAGUUUAGUUAGUUAUGUAAUAUUAGCUAGCUAACAGAGUCUCAGUUUAUUGUCUUUGAAGACAUAUUAUGUAAACAUAAUUCUUAUAAAUGUAGUCCAUAUUAUCACAGAUAUGAUGCUACUAGAAAUGGUUACAGAUAAAAUUUCAUAUAGAAGUCAUUAGUUUUAAACUAGGGGAUGAAUGUUGAGUGCGGUUAUGUGCAAUAAAGGCAUUGCACAGACAAUAAGCUCUGUCAUAUACACCAAUCAGCCAUAACAUUAAAACCACCUGCCUAAUAUUGUGUAGGUCCUGCUUGUGCCACCGAAACAGCUCUGACCCGUCAAGGCAUGGACUCCAGAAGACUCUGAAAGUGUGAUGUGGUGUCUGGCACCAAGACGUUAGAAGCAAAUCCUUUAAGUGCUGCAAGUUGCGAGGUGGAGCCUCCAUGGAUCAGGCUUGUCUGUUCAUUCAGCACAUCCCACAGACGCUCGGCCGGAUUGAGAUCUGGGGAAUUUGGAGGCCGAGUUAACACCUUAAACUCUUAAUCUCAUGUUCCUCAAACCAUUCCCGAACAAUUUUUGCAGUGUCUCAGGGCGCAUUAUCCUUCUGAAAGAAGCCACUGCCAUUUUGGAAUACCGUUGCCAUGGAGGUAGUACGUGUCAAAGUAACAUCCACAUGAAUGCCAGGAUGCAAAUUUUCCCAUUGCCCAGCGUAUCACGAUCAGAUCAGAUGGGCUUGCUUUCGCUCCCCACACACAUCCGUAAGCCUUGGGUUCCCGUGACCCUGUCACCGGUUCACUGGUUGUCCUUCCUUGGAACUCUUUUGGUAGGUACUAACCACCGCGUACCAGCAACACCUCACAAGACCUACCGUUUUGGAGGUGCUCUGACCCUGUCAUCUAGCCAUCACAAAUAGGCCCUUGUCAAGGUCGUUCAGAUCCUUAACUUUGCCCAUUCGCAUUUCCCAACACUAGAAUUUUGAGAACUGACUGUUCACUUGCUGCCUAUUAUAUCCCACCCUUGACAUGUGCCAUUGUAACUACUUAAUCUGUGUUUUUGAUUUGCUGUCAGUAGUUUUAAUGUUAUGUCUGAUUGCUGUAAAGUGUGCUGUUAAUGUUUUGUAGCUUAUCCAGAAAGACUUAUUAGUGAGGAAGAGGACAGUCCAAGCACAACGCUAAGCAGCGGAGUGUUUGGAGUGCGACAGCAGCAGUCCUGGGAUUUAAACUCGCAACCUUCUUGUUACUAGCAUAGAACUUCAACUGCUGAACCACCACUGUCCAGCAUUACAGACGUCUUUAAGAAAAGGUUGCUGUAUUUAUUUUCUGGUUCUGGGGCCUGCAGUCCUUCUGCUCUGCCUAUGGGGGUUUAUUUCCCCUGCUCUACACACUCAUACACCCUAACUUCAGUCUGACUUCAGGGCCUGUUCAUUAGCUAGUUAGUAGGAUGAGGUGUGUGAAAACAUAUAAAAUGCCAAAUUAUCUGGGCAGGAGGUCUGUAGGUCUUCACAUUGUUUUCUGUUCCAUCUCAGUCAUCCUUCAUAAGUGGUAGGGUACAUAGUACAAAACUGAUUUGAAGACAAUACUUUUUGUAUUUUGAUUUUUUUUUUUUUUUUUUCCAGCUUUUGUAAUGUUUUAGAAAUUGUCCUGGCAUGGUAAUAAACUGUUAUGAAUUUUUUCA